AUGAAGUCCGCAACGACGACGACAACAUAUACAACCUCUCGCAAAGAUUCUAUCCCAAGACUUAUCUUAAACACAUCGUAUCCCAAUGUUACCACCACCACAAAAUCACAGGCAAUGGCCACCACAUCGAUUACUCUGACUUCUUCUCCCGUAACGACCACGGGUUCUUUCUAUCUACCAUCGACACCACAGAAACAAAGUAAAAAAAGUCGCAUCAUUCAAAAGCAUCUGCGAAAACCCCCGGCAUUUGAUACCUACCUCCGAGCCACCGAACCGGUGAACGUCAACGGCUAUUACAGUCCUUCCAAGCGUUCUAGUUCACUUUCCUCUUCUUGCUCUUCAACCUCCUCAGAAGAUAACAGUCGCUACCCAAAUUUCACCAGCGAAGAAAUGAUGUACGCGAAGAAGGCCGUCAGCAACCAACCUCGUUCGCGACGUUCGUCUUCGAUCACCAAGUUUGUUAGAUUCGCAGAUUUUAAUGAUGGAAGCAGCAUCACCGACUCCUCAAGCGGGAGCAACAGCGCGGAUGAUUGGGAUCCACUGGAGACCGAUGAAGAGGAAGAGGAGGAAUUCUUCUUCAUGACACCCCGAUAUCCCGCACCGCAGUAA